AUGCUUCGACGGUCCUUAACCCGGUCGCGACUCUUGAGCCCCGCCUGCUUCGAACGCCCCUCCCCCGAUGGCCGCCUCUCACACAGAGCUUUGAUCCCCGUAAUCUCUCACGCCACUCAUUAUCAAACCAAUUUAUUACCGUUUCUACAUCCUGCUAAGAGAGGUUUUCGGACGACGAGUGCCUACUGGCAGCAGCAACAGAAAUCGGAACAAAGCUCAAAGGCAGAGGAAUCAUCGAGUGAGGAAUCGAAACAGAACGAGCAGAAGAACGAUGACGAGAAAGGUGACAAGGGAGAAAAGAAGGAGAAGGAGGCUCCACCUCCACCGCCUCCUCAUGGCGACAAAACCCCUUGGCAGGUAUUCACAGAGACAUUAAGAUCAGAGUUCAAAGCCUCAAAAGAAUGGAAUGAAUCGACAAAGGCUCUCGCUUCUUCAGCAAACCAGUUUACUGAAAAUGAAUCCGUCAGAAAGGCCCGCGCUGCAUACCAAGCCGCCUCAGACGCUGCUUCGUCUAAAACUUCAUCUGCUUUGAAACAGACAGGAAAGGCGAUUGGGCAAGGCGCAGCGUGGACCUGGGACACGUCGGUGGUCAAGGGGCUCAGGAAGGGAGUUUCAGUUACUGGCCAAGGUAUCGAAAAGGUUACCAGACCGGUUCGGGAUACCAAGGCCUACAAGGAAAUGAAAGAGGUCAUAGACGACGGUAGCAGCUCUCGAUACGGAGGCUGGAUUGAAAAAGAAGAACGGCGAAGGCAGAGAGAGCUGAGAGAGUUGAAUGAUCUUAAAAGGGGCAAAAUGCAUAAAGUGGAAGCCAUGGAAGAAGACCCCAACGCCGGUACCAAUGUUACCCUCCACAAAGAUGCCGCCUGGAAGGAAUCUUGGCGUGAAUUUAGGGACUCCAGUCGCAUUAUGCAAAAAUAUUUCAACCUCAAAAACACCUACAAUGAAUCCGAAAAUCCGUUGAUUUCGACUGCGCGCGGUAUAUCUGAUCGAGUGGCUGGUUUCUUCGCUGAAAACGAAACGGCAAUGGUCAUUAAGAGAUUCCGCCAAAUGGAUCCAAACUUCCAGAUUGAACCAUUUUUACGUGAGAUGAGAGAAUAUAUCCUUCCCGAAGUACUGGAUGCAUAUGUAAAGGGGGACACUGAAACACUCAAACUUUGGCUCUCCGAUGCCCAGUUUCACGUGUAUGCAGCCCUUGCGAAACAAUAUACCACGGCUGGUCUAAAAUCAGAUGGACGAAUCCUUGAUAUUCGCCACGUUGAUAUCUCCCAUGCGCGCAUGCUAGAGCCUGGGGACAUUCCCGUCUUCAUUGUCACCUGUCGAACCCAGGAAGUACAUGUUUACCGAAACGCCAAAACGAACGAGCUCGCUGCCGGCAUGGAAGACAAAGUGCAAUUAGUGACCUAUGCCAUCGGCGUCACACGGAUUCCAGAGGACGUUAACAACCCGGAAACCAGAGGCUGGAGAAUGAUUGAACUUCAGAAAUCUGGCCGAGACUACAUAUAA